AUGGCGACGGACGAUAUUGGAUGGGUGUAUCCGUACAACAAGAAGCACCAGACCACCAUGGUGGGCUUUAUGAGCUGGUUCCAUGAAAGUGUGUUCCCAAAGAACCAGGAGUUUGCCAAGGAUCAGCUCAAUCAAAUCCUCCCAUCGAACAUCAAGGCUUAUUUGGAAUUUCGGGCUUAUGGCAAAGCCAAUCCACAGGAAGGAGAUUUCCCAAUUCUCAUGCGGGCUGGCUCUGUGGAGAAGCUCAAACAGAGCAUUAGCUGGUACAUGCCAAACAAGAACGUUCCUUGGAUUGAUGGCCGUGGAGGCAAUCCAGCAAGGCAUGCCUCUCUCAAUGAGGUGAUCAAGAAGAUCGAACGCCAUGAGGCUCGCGAUGAAGGAAAAGAUGCCAAUGACAAGCGGCCUUACAACGACAAUGAAUUUUUCAAGCUACUGGAGAUGCUCCGGAGAAAGGAGGAUUUUGAUCAUAACAUGAAGUAUCCCAUGAUGUCGCUUUGGAGCUACCAUCUCAUCCAUCGGCUUGAUGAUACCUGCCACUUCAAAGUUGAGCAUCCUCACGGCUCAGUUGAGUAUCCAUUCGCAAUCUUCACAAAGACCAGAUACUCUAAGAAUGUCCGCAGUAUCAGAGAUUGCCCAGACCAAAUCCUCCUUGGGGCUGAUGAUUGGAAGGUGUGUCCGCAGUUGAACUUGGCCAUCUACCUGGACAAAUGGUUGGAAAUGCACCCAGACGCAGUCCACCUUUUCACCACCAACGACGACACGAAGAAGGGUCCAAACAACCUCAAGCAACAGUAUGCCAAUCGAAUCAAGGGUGUGGUGUGGGACCAAGCCGAAUUUCAGGCAUUGGAAGACCAAGUGGGAAACCAACGAGACAAGAAGGGUGUGGGCACUCACAGCAUGAGGAAAUUUGCCUCCACAAAAGCCUCUAGGCGAGGAGCUACACCUCGGCACGUUGAGUACCGUGGAAGAUGGGUCGGUGACAAGUCUGGCAGAGUGGUGAGCAUCCGGUACAUUGACAAGCGUGACGACUACGUUGAUGCGUUCGUGGCAGGGCUUUUGUGCAAUGGUGGGCCUAUCAAAUAUUGUACCGACCUCAACAUCACGGAUGAUUGGCUCAAGUCGCAUGUGGUCAGCCAUGUGGCAAAGAGAAUCCAGGAUAACAGGCUGAUCCGGAUCCUUGGAUUAGCCAAGCUUUGGGCCUGCUUCGAUCCUGAGGCGAAGUCACUAGUGGAACAACAAGAUCGUGAAUACAUUAUCUCCAUGUUUGCUUCUCGAUAUGGCCAGCCACAAGCCAAUCCGGUCAAGAAGGUGCCUUUGGAGAUCUACAACGUGAAUGGCGACUUGGAUAUUCGCGACGCUUCCACGCCACAGCCUCCUCGCGAUGGCGCUACCGCAGCUACCGCAGCACCAACCGGAGCUCCUACAGGAGGCCCAUCGAACGAACAAGUCAUCACCUACUUGAAAGCUGUUGAACAGAACAUGAUGCAGCAAUUCCUUCAACAACAAGCUAGAGAAGAGGCUCAGCGUGCCUGGCUUUCUAUACAAGUUAGCAAGCUACUUAACAACCAGCGGCGGUGGGGUGCUCAACUUCCUCAGGCCUUCAGUCGACAGGAUCCCAGGCAACAGGCAGCGAGACGCGAAGACGCCGACAGAAGGAAUGAGCAACAACAAGGGGAGAUCAUUGUCCACGACGACCGACUGUUGGUUGGGGAUGACCCACAUGCCAGGCUCUGCGAUCGCCCAAGAUCUCUCAAUGAGUUGUGGAGGGAGUUUACUCAUGGCAUUGGAGACAACAAGCCGGCCAAGGACUUCACGGUGGCAGAGAAGAACAACAAGCUGCUGAAUAUCAAGCAGAAGUAUUGGAGGCGCAGGAGGCUCUGGCGUGUGCAGGCUUUUCUUGUUGUCAGGUGCAAGUUUACAUGCCAUGAGGCGAAUGCCAUGAUCCAGACCUGCUAUGGUGGCACUGUCACCAGUGUCAUCAACAGGAUCGACAAGGAUAGUCGCAACAGGAACUACCCUGUCAUCGACACGACAGAAAGAGGCAAAAACUUCCACUGCAAUCCAAGGCUUGUUCCAUCCAACGACAUGUUCAAGCAGUGGAACACUCCUGACCAGUAA